AUGGAGCACACUUUGAAGAUGCUUCAUGACGUGAUAGCGAGGUCACUACAACAACCUCAGGUGCACCCUCAGCCACUCGUGCCACCACAACCUUCAGUUAGUACACCGAUGUUACCAUUGAUAACUGCCAUGAAGAAUAUGAAGACACCACAUUUUGAAGGAGGUACAGAUCCAUUUGAAGCCGACCAAUGGCUUCGAACUAUGGAGAAAAACUUUGAGACCCUGACGUGUUCCGAAGAGUCUAAGAAGAAGAUGGCAGUGUAUUACUUAGACAAAGACGCGGUAGAAUGGUGGGAGAGUAAGGAUCACCAAGUGGGACAUCUGGUCACCACUUGGGCGGCAUUCAAAAAUGAAUUGGAACGCAAGUACUUCACUCCUGAGUCCAAGCGAAGGCUUCAACGCCAGUUUGCAAACUUGGUACAAGGAGAUAAGACGUUAGAAAAUAGACUAGCAGUCGGGAACUACGAGAGUCUCACCGAGCUAGUGGAAAAGGCUGUGAAUGUGGAGAUCGGAUUGGAAGCUGAGAAGGCGGCAAGUAAGAAAUCCAAGCAGCAUCAAGAAGGAAAGUUUGGUGGAAACCAAAGAUCAUUUAAGGAAAAGGAAUUGGGAGGGCCAAGUAGACGAUCUUUGUUCACAGGAAAAUGCUUUAACUAUGGCAAGAUAGGCCAUAAGUCAAGUGAAUGCUUCGGGAAGAAACCUGGAUCCUUUCAGUCAAACUCCUACAAUCCUACAUGUUUCACGUGUGGAAAGAAAGGGCACAUCUCUACCCAGUGCAGCGUCAAUCGUCCUAUCCCAGCUACGCCAGUCACUGUCCAUCCUCCUCCAGCUCCACCUGCAGUCGCACCAGUGCCAAAAAGGCAAGCUAUAGGAGGUAGAGUUUACGCUUUAGAACUAGAUGAUCCUAAACCUCCAGGCCCAUCUACGGGUCCCAUCACAGGCUAUCGGGCUCAAUUAGAUUGUCGAAAAGGUCGUAUUUUUUGCAAGGAGAACAGGCAAUGGCAAAUAGUGUUCUAUGGGAUCAGUCCAAGCAAGUAUGUGUCUUUAGUAGCUGCCUUGAGAGUGGAAGAUUUGCUCAAGGAUGGAGAAGCGUAUAUGGUGACAGUAACUACUAGUGAAGGACCCGCUAGCAAUGGAGUUGAAAUUACGGAUAUUGCAGUCAUACAAGAGUUUGAGGAUGUGUUUGUGGCAUUAAAAGAGUUACCUCCACCUCGGAGUAACCCUUUCACAAUUAACUUGGAACCUGGAGCUAAGCCGAUAGCAAAGGCUCCUUACCGCAUGGCACCCGCAGAGUUAGCAGAGUUGAAGAACCAACUUGAAGAUUUAAUGGAGAAAGGUUUCAUAAGACCUAGCUCUUCACCAUGGGGAGCUCCGGUCUUAUUUGUCAAGAAAAAGGAUGGUAGCAUGCGACUUUGCAUUUAUUAUCGAGGAAUCAACAAUAUCACCAUCAAAGAUAAGUAUCCUCUUCCGAGGAUAGACGAGUUGUUGGAUCAACUAAGGGGAGUAAGUUGGUUUUCGAAGAUCAACUUGGCGUCGGGCUAUCAUCAGAUUCCAAUUUCAGAAGGUGAUGUCAUGAAGACUGCGUUUAAAACUCGUUAUGGACAAUACGAGUUCGUAGUAAUGCCUUUUGGACUUACUAAUGGACCGGUGGCCUUCAUGAGAUUGAUGAAUGAAGUCUUCCACGAUUAUUUCGACAAGUUCGUGAUAAUCUUCAUCAAUGACAUUUUAAUAUAUUCCAAGACAGAGGUCGAGCACAAAGCACACUUGAAGCUAGUGUUGGAACGGUUAAGGAACCAAAAGUUGUAUGCCAAAUUCAACAAGUGUUCUUUCUGGAAAAGGGAAAUCGGGUUCUUGGGCCACCGAGUGUCUGGGGAAGGAGUUUUGGUAGACUCGGAAAAGGUGAAAGCCAUUGAGGAAUGGCAAAGACCAUCAACGGUAACCGAGGUAAGAAGUUUCCUCGGGUUAGCCAGGUAUUAUCUAAAGUUUGUCAAGAACUUUUCUUCGAUCGCUAAGCCCCGGACAAAGUUGACAGGAAAAGGAGUUUCGUUCAUCUGGGGAAAAGAAACGGAGGAAGCAUUUCAGAGACUGAAGAAAGCUUUGACCACAACACUGGUAUUGGCAUUACCUGAACAAGGAGAGCCAAGUGAGCCAUUAGGCAUGCAUGCAGUAAACCAGACGGGUUUACUCGGACGGAUCAGACAUGAGCAACAACGUGAUGAAAAGUUAAAGAAAAUUAUUGAGGAUGUCAAGAGUCAAGAAGGUCCAAACCCAAGUGGCUAUCAUAUGGCGCCAGAUGGUACACUAUUACUUAAUGGGAGGAUUUCAGUACCACAAGGAGAUGGGCUACGAGAUGAGAUUUUGAAGUCGGUGCAUCAUUCGUUACUCAGUAUCCACCCUGGGAGUACAAAUAUGUAUCGAGAUAUCCGAAGACUGACGAAGGUGGCGCACUUGUUACCUAUGAAGGAGAAAAAGUUGGAGAUCAUUCGAACCAAUAUGAAGAAAGCGCAGGAUAGACAAAAGAAGUACGCUGAUCAAUCAAGGAGAGUAAUGAUGUUCAAUAUUGGUGAUUGGGUUUAUCUGAAAGUGUCAGCUCAAUAA